GUCUAGUAGUUAACUGAUAUAGUGAGAGCAGCGCGCUGGAGAACUGAGUGGAUGUAUGUGUGUGACUUUCAUCUCAUCUUCUGGAGGUCUUGCGGAGAAACGAAUCACUUUGUAUGGCUGGAUUUCUGUGGCCGAUGCAUUUAUUGGUUUUCUUUUUUUAACCAUGUCGUAUUAACUUCAUAGGAGUCAUGCAUAACUAUUUUGGAGCUUGUUUCUCAAUAGUGUUGCUAAUUUUGACGUUUUGGACUGAGGUGUGCCAGUCGUCGGGUUAUUUAGAGCUCCAGUUGAUCAGCGUGGAGAAUGACAUGGGUGAGCUCGCGAAUGGAAACUGCUGUGACGGCGCGCGGAGCGCACGAGACGGUCUGUGCGACCUGGACGAAUGUGACACGUACUUGAAAGUGUGUCUAAAGGAAUACCAGGUGGAGGUCACCACAUCUGGCUUAUGUACGUACGGCACUGGACGCUCGAGCGUGGUCGGAGGGAAUACAUUUCAGUCGAAAGGAUUCAAUGGAAACCCAAACAAGGCCAAUGACCUCGGGACCGUUAUCAUUCCCUUUCAAUUCGCUUGGCCGCUAGCGUACACUUUGAUCGUGGAGGCUUGGGACUGGGACAACCAAACGAUCACUGAUGGCAGUGAUGAUCUGUUAAUCGAGAGGAGUAUAAAUCGCGGAAAAAUGAACCCCGAAGAGGACCGACGGAUCAUUCAGCACAAGGGCCAAACAGCCAGCAUCAACUACAGCGUGUGUGUGCGCUGCGAUCGCUAUUACUACGGCAACAAGUGUAACAAACAGUGUCGCCCCCGAGAUGAUUACUUUGGCCAUUACACAUGCGAUCACUUGGGCGGUCAGCAGUGCAUGGACGGCUGGACUGGGCCCGACUGCAAGAAAGCUAUCUGUAAGCAAGGCUGCAGUGAGCUUCACGGAAGCUGUGACGCUCCGGGAGAAUGUGUGUGUAAGUACGGCUGGCAAGGUCCACUGUGCGAUGAGUGUUUGCCGUACCCGGGGUGUAUGCAUGGCACUUGUCUGAAACCCUGGACAUGCACCUGUGAGAAGAACUGGGGAGGACUUCUGUGUGACAAAGAUUUAAAUUACUGUGGCACACACAAGCCCUGUGUAAAUGGAGGCACUUGUCUGAAUGCUGAGCCAGAUGAAUAUUUCUGCUCUUGCCCUGAGGGUUACUCCGGCAAAAACUGCCAUAUCGCCGAGCAUGCGUGCAUGUCAAAUCCAUGUGCAAAUGGCGGGACAUGUCAUGAACUGGCAUCAGGGUUUGAGUGCCAGUGUCCCCCAGGGUGGGAUGGCCCAACUUGUGCGAAAGACAAAGAUGAGUGUACGUCAACCCCGUGCGCUCAUGGGGGGACCUGCUUUGAUCUGGAGAAUGGCUUUGACUGUUUAUGCCCCCCACAGUGGACUGGCAAGACCUGUCAGAUAGAUGUGAAUGAGUGUACGAGGAAACCUUGUCUAAACGCUUAUGCUUGUAAAAAUCUAAUUGGUGGAUAUCAUUGCAACUGCUACCCGGGCUGGGCGGGACCGAACUGUAAUAUCAAUGUCAACAGCUGUUACGGUCAGUGUCAGAAUGGAGGAACCUGUCAGGAUGGUCGUCAUGGUUAUGUGUGCCAGUGCCAGCCGGGAUUCAUGGGAAGACACUGUGAAGUGCAGCCGAGCAGGUGUGCAAGCUCCCCAUGCCAAAAUGAUGCACGGUGCCGUUCGCUAGCCAUGGGCUAUGCGUGUGAGUGUCUGUACGGAUACACUGGAACCAACUGUGAGGUGCAGGUAGAUCUAUGCAGUCCAAACCCGUGUCAGAAUAAAGCCCAGUGUCACUCUCUGCAGGGAGAUUUUUACUGUGCCUGCACAGAUGAAUAUGAGGGGAAAACAUGCAGUCAGCUACGAGACCACUGCAAGACCAGCACCUGCCAAGUGAUUGACAGCUGUACUAUUGCCGUGACAACCAACGGCACAGCAAAAGCGGUACGGCACAUCUUAUCAAAUGUGUGUGGUCCUCAUGGGCGCUGCAUCAGCCAGUCAGAAGGAAACUUCACCUGUGCCUGCCAACCAGGAUUCACUGGCACGUACUGUCAUGAGAAUAUAAAUGACUGUGAAUCAUCCACUUGUCACAGCGGAGGAACAUGCAUUGAUGACAUCGACUCCUUCCGCUGUAUCUGUCCUGAUGGCUUUGAAGGUCAACUCUGUGAGCUGGAGGUAAAUGAGUGUAGUGGUGAGCCUUGUCUAAACGGAGGUGUUUGUAAGGAUCUGCUGAAUGAUUUCCACUGUCGCUGCACUGACAACUGGAAAGGAAAGACGUGUAACUCACGAGACAAUCAGUGUGAUUCCACAACAUGUGCUAAUGGAGGAACGUGCCACGAUCAUGGAGACUCAUUCCGAUGUGUGUGUCCUUCCGGUUGGGGUGGCAGUACCUGUAACAUGGCCAUGAACAGCUCGUGUGAAUCUGGUCCGUGUCUAAAUGGCGGGACUUGCAUUGGAGGGGGCAGCGUCUUCACUUGCGUCUGUAAGGAAGGAUGGACGGGGCCUAUCUGUGCUCAGGAUGUUGAUGACUGCAACCCUCAUCCCUGUUAUAAUGGGGGACAGUGUGUAGACGGGGUCAACUGGUUUCGUUGUGAGUGCGCACCUGGAUUUGCAGGGCCUGACUGUCGCAUAAACAUAGAUGAGUGUCAGUCCUCUCCCUGUUCGUAUGGAGCCACAUGUGUGGAUGAGAUUAAUGGAUAUCGUUGUCUGUGCCCAGUGGGACGAGCUGGACCGCGCUGCCAGGAGUUCAUUGGUGUUGGAAAGGCAUGCGAUAGCUCAGGCUUGCAGCUUCUUCAUGGUGAUCGUUGGGAGGAUGGGUGCAACAGCUGUCAGUGCAUGAAUGGAAACAUCAAAUGCACUAAAGUGCGUUGUGGUCGUCAGCCCUGCAUGUUGCAUUCAGACUCUGGUGAGCUACAGCACCCCCGGUGUCCACUAGGACAGGAGUGUGUAGCGCAUCAUUUCCUGUCUUGCCUUCGUCCACCCUGCAGUCAGCUGGGAAUAUGCUCCACCUCUGAACCACCCCCCAUCAGCACUCGGUGCCUACCCAACAACGGCUACCUAGAUGAUAACUGUGCUCAUGUUACGCUUGUAUUUGACUCUGACAGUGUCCCGCAGGGCACAACUGCUGAAGGUGUUUGCACAGAGCUAACGUAUCUGCCAAUCAUACGAACCCUGGCCAAAGACCACACCCUUUCCAUUCUUUGUGACCAAUCACCGUCCAGCCAGAAUGCUGUGGAGGUUGCUAUGUCAUACGAGCAAAACAGCUUUGUUGCGGGACGAGCUCAGAUACAGGAUGUUGUCCGCUCCAUCAUUGAUGUUCUGUCCAAACUUCACAACAGCACGUUACUGUUGGCUGUGAGAGAGGUCAGAGUUGACACUCAGGACCCGCGUCCCCACGCUGGUUACCUCAUCCCGUUGCUGUGUGUGUUGUUUGUGGUAUUAUGGAUCUUAUGUGUCAUCGUGUGCGUGUUGUGGUUCCGGAGACGCAGGAAAGCGAAACAAAGAGAGGACACGCAGAUGGAGGAAAGCAUCAACAACCAGCGCGGGACACUACUGUGCGCUCGCACACCUCACAAAGACAACACGGACCCGCUGCAGGAGAACAAGAACCUGCUUUACCCUCUGGAUCGGGUUGGAGACGGAGCUGAGCGAGAGGAAGAGGAGGAAGAGGGAGAUGAUGAGAGCGACAGAGGGGUGGUUCUGCAUAAGUGCUCAUCUCUCGAGUGCUCUAGAGGGGACGCAGUGUACACUAUUCACACUACAGCCCAAAGUCAGCCACACAGGACACACUACAGCAGCAAAGACAACCGCUGCAAGAACAAUGUGAACGAGAGCUUAAGUGAGCACAUGAAAGAUCACUAUGUAUGAAAAAGCCAGACAAACUGGAAAAACAUAAGUAUUUUCUUCACUGACUGAUCUGAAAGCAUCUGGGACUGGUGGGAUUGGUCUUUUUCAUCCUUUUUAUCAUCGUGUAGUCAAAUGAAACAGGGAUUUGUGAGACAUAAAUGCAGCAAAUCAGACUUUCAAAAUCCUUUUCUUUUGUUUACACUUGCACUCACUUUCCUAAAAAAGAAGGACAUUUUUACACAAGGCUGAACUUUGAGAUUAUGUCUGUGAACUGUGGCGAGACCUUUGACCCUUGGGGCUGAGGAGAAAUUGGCGAUAGGCAGCUUUAAAAUGUUUUUGAUUAUGUCCAGACCUGCCCAAAGUCAAGUGCUAGGAGCCGUUAAGUCUUCCAGAGGUAAAUAUAUAUAUAUAUAUAUAUAUAUUCAAGUGCCUCAUUGAACCUUCAAGACAGUUCUUACACCUUUUAUAUACAUUUUUAAUGAUGAUACUCAUAUGUUUUUUUUUUUUGUAACAAAUGCUACAUAUACACUUAAAGCCAGGGUUAGUUCACCCAAAAAUGGUCACCAUUUAGUCACUUGUGUGUCACUCUAAACCCGUAUGAUGAAGAAAGAUCUUCUAACACAAAAAUUAGUAAAUUGUAAUAAGUUGCUCAAGAACUUUCGAGCUUCAAAAGGGGCGCAGAAACAACAUAAAAGUAUCGUCAAAGUAUCAUAAAAUACAUUUGUAUGGUAUAUUCCAAGUCUCUUGGAGCUAUCUGAUCAAUUUUGGUCUAUUCGUCACACAGCGAAAAAAUCAUUCACUAAUAUCUUACAUUCUGUUGGGCUGUUAACUGUUCAAUCAGUUUAAGAUCAGAUCAGUCCAAUUAAUGAACGGUUUGUGUACAAGAUCAACCGAUUUACUGGAAAGAUCAAACUCAAAACAUGAGUCAGACAAUCUCUACAUCUCAUCUGGGGCGGAUGUCAAGAUAUUCAUUGAAUAAUAACUGAAGUUUGUCCCUGACACAAAUCUAUUGUAUGACUUCAGAAGACCUUUUCAAAGAUACAUUUAUUUUUAAGAAACUUGACAGCCUCAGUGAUUAUUUACUUUCGAUAAACAGAAAAGAGAAAGAUUGAUAUUUGGAAUAACAUAAGGGUGACUAAAUAAUGAAAGAAUUAACAUUUUUGGAUGAACUAUCCCUUUAAGACUGUCAUAAAAAAGGUUUAGUUUUUCUAUUAUUGUUAUUGAAAUUAACUGUCUUUGGGAAUUGGUACUCGUAGUCUAAACAGUUAAAGAGUAUUCUGACUGAUACAUUCUCAUUCAGCUUUUGAUAGGUGAAAUUAUAGCUCAUUUUUUUGUUCUUUAACAUGACAGCCAUAUAAUAGUAAAAGUGUAAAAAAAAAAAAAAAAAAAAAUCGAGGGCCACUUCACUCAACGCACUAUUGUUAAAAAUUAUUUUAGUUCUUUAACUACUAAGAGAUGAUAAAUGACAAGAUAUGCGUAUGUACAUAUGUAAAUAGUGAAAAAAGACAGCUGUGUAUAUUUGAGUUUAGUAAGUUAUGUGACCUUUUUAUUAUUGUCAUUCUUAGAAUUAUUACUUUUUCUUAUUCUCUCCUUCAGUCUCUCUUUUUCAACAAUGUCAUUCCUUUUAUUUAUGUUGGUCAGAAAAUGUUUUAUGGCCACAGGCUGUAAGUCUGUGGGGACUUAAAGAAAUACUCUAAACAUUACAUGAUCUGUCUUCAUGUUAGAAUAGAUUAUCUGUUAUUAUUUUUUUUGUGACUUUCCUAAUGAAUGUCAACUUGGGAUUGGACACAUUGGCCAUGCUGAAAGUAAAAAUCAACAACAAAUGUUGUCACUGAUCACUACUUCUGAAGGUCUAAAGUACGUCAUUGGAGAAAGAUGUGCUGCGUGUUCGAGUGGCACUCGUCUUCUUGGAGAAGUUUAACACCUGCAUUUUCAAGCCAAUAUCAUGAUAAUAAUGUGUUUCUAUAGUGUCCCAGACUGUCUGGUUUUUAAGUUGGAUGUUGGAAGACUUUUGGAAGAAAGAUUUUUUUUUCAAUUAUUAUUAUUCUUAAAUGUUUUCAGAACAUCAUUGCUUGGUAUUGUGCUACUACAAUUCAAAAUGAACCACAAACGGA